AUGAGUGAGCCAAUGAACGAACCAAAGACCGGAACAGAGGCCGAAUUACAAGCAGCUCGAGAGACAUCACCCCCUCCAGAAGUCCGAGCAAUAGACGAUGAUGUUGCCUCGAUACCCAACUGGCGAAAAUGGGUCAUCCUCUUCGUCGUCUGCUGGAUGCCUCUGCCCAUGACCUUCUGGAGCACAGCCAUCAUGCCUGCCACCAUCGAAGUAGCCUCUGAACUCAACGUACCCUUGACUACCAUCAGCACAGUCAACGCUGGAGUCUUCGUAGCCCAGGCUCUGUCAGGGCUGAUCUGGUUGCCUAUCAGCACUAUCAUUGGUAGAAAGUCCGCCUACCUUGCUGCAAAUGCUGUGCUUUGCCUUUGUGCAAUUGGAUGCGCUGUGGUGCCGAAUAUGGCUGGGUUCGCAUCUCUUUGGGUCAUUGGUGGGACUGCAGGGCCGUUCUUUUUGGUAGCGGGACAAACCAUCCUUGCCGACAUCUUUGAUCCUACGGCUCGCGGGACGGCUGUAGGCUUCUUUCUGGGGAGCUGUGUUUCUGCCAACUCUAUUGCACCUCUUCUUGGUAGUGUAAUUGCUACAUUCACAAGCUGGAGGGUCAUAUUCGGCGUGGAAGCCGGCAUGUCUCUUCUGGGUCUAAUUCUUUCGCUCUUGUUCAUCCCUCGGUCAAGGGAAGUUGAGAAUCCAAAGCUCGCCGAGCCUCGGCCUAGGACAAGGAAAGAGAUUGUACAAGCAUUCAAUCCUAUGCGCGUCUUUAGCCAAUACGCAUACCCCAAAGUUAUUGUGGCUAAUAUCGCUUGUGGUUUCUUGGGCUUCAACCAAUAUGGUCUUCUCAGCUCUAUUCGUCGUGUCGUCAACCCUCGUUUCAAUCUCACCACUCCUCUGUCCAGCGGCUUAUUCUAUCUUGCCCCAGGUUCGGGCUUUCUUAUCGGAAGCACGGUAGGUGGCAAAAUCUCUGAUGUGGUGGUCAAGAGAUAUAUACGCAAGCGAAACGGAGAAAGGCGUCCCGAAGAUCGGUUGAACAGCAGCUUGCCCAGCGUUCUGAUCAUUUUGCCUUUGGGAACUCUGCUCUAUGCAUGGAGUGUGCAGCGUAAGAUAGGUGGCAUGGCGUUACCGAUUAUCGGUUCAUUUAUUGAGGGAUUUGGACUUAUGGCAUCGUUCAGUGGAAUGAAUACAUACGCUGCUGAAGUGCGUCCUACGCACAGAACUGCUGUGAUUACGGGCAAGUAUGUUAUUCAGUACUGCUUCGGCGCCAUGAGUGUUGGUGGGCUAGUCCCUAUGAUCGACGGCAUCGGAGUGGGUUGGGCGUUUACCGUCAAUUUAGCAGAACAUGGAAACAGUAAAACAUGUUUCAUCAGUUAG